AUGCAGCUCACGGUGGUCAUCGAGGUGCUCGGGCAGCCCGCUAAGGCUCGCAAGAAGGAUAAGGACGACGGCGAGAAGAAGGAGAAGGUCGAUAAGAAGGAGAAGGUCGAGAUGAAGGAGGAUGGCGAGAUGAGGGAGGAGGUUGAGAAGAAGGAGGAAAGCACGGAGGGACGCGAGGUUGACGGGUUUUGGAUCCCGGACGAGGACGAACCUCCGGCUUCGACGCCAGCUGUGUCGCCGGGGGACGAGGCCCGACCCGGCGGCGGCUGGGGCGAGUGGCGCACCGUCAUCCCCAAGGAGGGCGAAUGCGACGGCGCGGUCGGCGCCGCCGUCGGCAUCAUCAACGCCCUCUGCACCCACCCCGUGCUCUUCCACGUCAUCGACGGGCACCCCCGCCUGGACGACCUGAUUCGCGCGGUGACCAGGGCGAGCGCCUCGCAGUGCUCCUGCGCCUGGGCGACGUUCUCGUGCGUGGUUAACCUCAGCGCCCGCGCCGCGCGCGUCGACGACGACACCGACGCCCCAUCGCACGAGCUUGGUGACGCGUUGCUGUCGUCCCCCGCCGCGGGGCAUCUGCUGAGGGGCCUUCGCAACGCGGUGUGUGACAGGUGGCCGAUCAUGUCCCUCGAGGAGAUGCCCGACGUGAGGUGCCUCCCGCCGCCGGAUUCGCCGGAGAGGGCGGCGCGGCGACGCGAGAGGGAGGAGCGCAGGAAGAGACGCGAGGAGAAGCGGAACAAGCGGCCCCGGCGCGACACGUGGAAGGAGAAGACGCCGAAGGAGAAGGCCAAGGAACGGAGGAGGGAGGCGAGGCGUAGGGAAAAGGAGGCGCGCGGGGUAAAAUCGUCCGAGGCGGCGGCGGAGCCUGAGGCCGGGGUCGACGCCGCUCCGGCCGGGGCACCCGGCUCGUCGACCCCGUCCGAGCACGUGCGCCCCGAAGAAGAGCCCACACGUCCCCCUACGGUUCCCGAGCGUCUCGAGGCGACGGAUGGCGAGUCGGAGGAUGAAACAGACGAGGACGCGGAGGACCCCAACGUGUUGCACCCCAACGACCCUAUGGCCAACCCGGCCAACCGGCUCCUCCUCCGAACCACCGCGGCGGCGGCGCUCUGUUCCCUCGCUCGCGUGCAGCGCAGGUGGGACGAAGAGGACCUACGCGACAGUGGGGGUUUGUACUCUUACGACGCGUCGCCGGCGGAUGCGAUUGACGUCGAUCGCGACGACUUUUUCGAUCCCGUCACGGGUCGCCGGCCGUGGGUCGCUCCGGAUAUCGUGUCGCGCAGACUCGCGGAUCGGAUCAUGGGAGACACUGGAAGAAUCGCGAAGACGAUCAAGGAAGCGCGCAAACUCGCGGAUCGGAUCAUCGGAGACACUGGAGGAUUCGCGAAGACGAUCGAGGAAGCGCAGGAUAGCUACGAUCGCGUGAUAGCGUCCUUCGAGGAGGCGCACGAGGCGUGGUACGCUCGCCGCGGCGGCGCGGCGGCGGGUCGUCCACGCGAGAACGAUCGCCCGGUUCCGACGAUUGACGGACUGGACGACGACGACGACGCGGUUUGGCGAGACCACGCGCUGACGGCACGGUGGUGGCGGCUCCGUCUCAGGCGCGAGUGGGCCGAGGCGAACGAUCGCGAGGCUGUGGAGAGGCGCGACGCCCCGGAGACCACCGCGAUGGUCGACUCGGACGAUGAGGAUAAAAAGUCGGAUAAUUCGUCGGAUAAAAAGUCGGUCAAUCCGUCGGACUCCGAUUCGGAUUCCGACAAAGACGACCCGGAGCCCUUCGAGCCGGACCCGGACGCGGUAAAGGCGGCUUCGUGGCCGGAUCGGCGCGACUGUCCCAAGGGCCCGUUACCCGGCGGCGUCGACCCGGAGGGCAUACUCGCGACGGUCCCGCUGCUGGACGAUAUACUCGCGGCUCUCUCCAAGGCGGACACCGAGGACGUGGGCGUGGCGGUGGAGGCGGUGGAGACUUUGGCGGCUCACGAGGACGCGAGGUGCCUGCUGAUUCCCUCCGCGCCCGCCGUGAUACCGAAGCUGAUCCGUCACAUCGCGAGUACCGCCCGGCAGAUGGAGGAGGCGCGGGCCAACGGCGGCGUGGUCAAGCAGCCAACCGAGAAGGAAAAGAAGAAGGAAAAGAAGAAGGAGAAGAAGAAGGAGGACGGCGAAGAAGGGGUGAGGGAGGGCGGAUUUUGGAUCCCCGACGACGAAACGAAGAGGUCCAAGAAGAGAUCCAAGAAGAAGAGGUCCAAGAAGAAGAGGAAGAGAGGGAAGCCCCCGACCAACGUGGCGAACCUCUGCGCUCGCAACGCGCUGCUGGUCCACACCCUCUACUCCGUCGCGAAGGAGGCUGAGAACUUUGAGGAAGGCUCCGCGUGGCACCUGCUGCUCGAGAGCACUGACGAGCUCCUCCCCUCGUUCCUCACGCUGCUUCGACCGGUGCCCGUCAACGACGCCACCCCAUGGCUCAACGACAUGGCCCCGCUGGAUGAAACCGCCGGCGGACCCUCGCAACAGUCCUCGCACACACAGCGGCGUCCCUCCUCGAGGUCACCGAGCGCGGACGGCGACGUCAAUACGCCCUCGCCGCACGUCAACGCGCACAAACCCGAACAACAUCCGAACGGACACAGUCUCUCCGCGACGCGCGAGAUGAUCGGGGAGCUCGGCCGUAACGCCCUCAUCGUCCUCGCGGAGAUGGCGGACCCGGCCAACUCGCGAUUCGACUCGGAAAAGGGCAUGCGCUGGGCCAAGCACGUCAUCGCGCACCGGCGCGACCUGAUCAUGGUGCUCCUGGACAUCAUGGCGAUCACGCGAGCGAACGACGCGGUGGAAGCGGAGCGCGUGAAGCUCGCGGAGGAGCGGGCCGAAUCUCGCCCCUCGUCCGCGGGGGGAACCGGCACCGGCAACGGUACUCUCGGCGUCGUCGCGGCUGUGCACGGCGAGAACCACGGCGCACAAGAGAACAGUCGCGGGGGGUCCGUCCACGGCGCCGGCGCGAAGGACGGGCUCGUGGGCAUCCCCGAGGACGAGGAGUCCACCUACGCCGAACCGCCGCCUGCGUACGCAACCCUCGCGGACGUCUCCGAGGUUGCGGACCUCGCCUCAAAUGAUCAGGCGC